AUGGACAACAUAUUUUUCAACCUGCCGCUCACCCUGACCGUUUUGGGAGGGGCUUUUGUACUGUAUUCUAUCAGCCGUAUCGUCUAUAACCUAUAUCUUUCCCCUCUUGCAAAAUUCCCGGGAUCAAAAUGGGUGGCUGCAACUCAUUGGCCAGAAUUCUACUAUGAUUGGUGGCAUAAUGGAAAAUACCUGUUUGAAAUUGAGAAGAUGCACAACAAAUAUGGCCCGAUAAUUCGGAUUAACCCUGAGGAACUCUCUAUUCGCGACCCUGAUUUCUAUAACGAGAUCUAUGUCACGGAGAGCAAACGACGGACAAGUCACUAUGACGUCUUCUGCCAAGGCAUUGAUUUCGAUGGCUCGCAUUUGCUCACCGUGGACCAUGAUCUCCAUCGCAGGAGAAGAAAGCCCCUGGAGCCGUUUUUUUCGCGACAGGGUAUUGCGCGCCUUCAAGACAUGCUUGCAGAAGUAGCUCUGAACUUGGAGUCGCGAAUCAGAGCACUUGAAGGGACUAACACGGUGAUUCGACUGGACCAUGCAUUCUCGGCAUUUUCUGGCGAUAUCAUUGGGAAGAUCUGCUUGGAUAGCGGAGAUGAAAAUAAAACGUUUUUGAAACAUCCUGAUUUUAACCCGGAGUGGUACGAUACCAUACACUCGAUUGUCCGGUCAAUCCCCUUGUUUACAGCCUUCCCCUGGAUUGUCCAGGUUGUGAGCUUCAUCCCGGAAUCAAUUCUACUCAAGGCUUUCCCCAGAGGCCAGAUGUUUAACAACUUCAAAGAGGUAGCCAAGCAACACAUAUACCGAGCUUUGAGAGACACGGAAGAAAACGAGAGAACAGGCAAGAAGAGCAACGAACACGCCUCUCUAUUCCACUAUAUCGCGACUAGCGAUAUGCCCGAGUCUGAGCGGGCUCCAGAACGACUGGCUAAAGAAGCCCAGGUGCUUCUGGGUGGCGGCACAGCCAGUACUGCACGUACAAUUGGUUUCACUUCCUUUUACAUCAUGUCCGUACCGGGAAUUCGGUCGAGACUAGAAGAGGAGCUCAAGGAUAUUAUGGCCGAUUGGCCGCAGCGCGUCCCAUCCUGGGCGGAACUGGAAAAGCUACCCUUCCUCCAAGCUCUCAUCAAGGAAUCCCUUCGUCUCAGCUACGGUGUGAUGCACAGACUGCCUCGUAUUUCUCCCGACGUACCUAUUCAGUACAAGGAGUACAGUAUCCCUCCUGGGGUGCCUGUCGGAAUGUCAGCUUACUUCAUGCACUCUGAUGCAGAGGUAUUCCCAGAGCCGGAUAAAUAUAUCCCAGACCGUUGGCUUGGAAAAGUCACACCAGCAAUGCACCGAAACUAUGUACCAUUCACCAGGGGGUCCAGGAAUUGCUUGGGAAUGAAUUUGGCGAUGUCCGAGAUGAGCCUUAUCAUCGCAGUUCUUUUCCGGCCCAACGGCCCCAAGUUCGAGCUAUUCGAAACGGAUGAAAGCGAUGUGAAGCAAGCCCAUGACUUUCUUAUCCCGCUCCCCAAGAUUGAGACUAAGGGGGUACGAGCCAUUAUUCGCUAA